GGACUCUCCAGAGGAAGAGAAUCGUCGCCGCUGUGGUUGGCAUCGUCAUGGUUUUGGCUCUCAUCAUCGCAAUUCCGCUGCUGGUCCAAACUUCCAAGACUGAUGCGCACUACGAGAUGAUGGGCACCUGUCGGAUGAUCUGUGACCCAUACAACCCCAAACCAAGCGCCACGGCUCUGGAGGUCAUGCAGGACUUGAGCGCCAUCCCUUCUCCGACCUUUGUUCAAGGGACUAAAGGCGAGCCGGGUCGGCCGGGGAAACCCGGGCCGAGGGGUCCGCCAGGAGAACCGGGACCACCAGGUCCGAGAGGGCCGCCGGGGGAUAGAGGAGAUUCUGGAAAGAUGGGACAUCCGGGGAUAGUGGGCACAGCGCGGACCGAGAUCGGUGGAGAGCUCGGCCCUGCUGUCGGCGGGGCAAAGAUAGCGUUUUAUGUGGGUCUGAAAAACCCACACGAGGGAUACGAAGUGUUAAGGUUCGACGAUGUCGUCACUAACCUGGGGAACCACUAUGACCCGAUAACCGGCAAAUUCACAUGUCAAGUGCCUGGGAUUUACUACUUCACCUAUCAUGUGCUGAUGCGCGGAGGAGACGGGACAAGCAUGUGGGCAGACUUGUGCAAAAACGGACAGGUCCGAGCCAGCGCCAUAGCACAGGACGCAGACCAGAACUACGACUAUGCCAGCAACAGCGUCGUCCUGCAUCUGGACUCAGGGGACGAGAUUUAUGUCAAACUGGACGGCGGCAAGGCGCACGGCGGAAACAACAACAAAUACAGCACGUUUUCCGGUUUCCUUUUAUUCCCGGACUAAGAUGGGAUAAUCGCAGCACUCCAUCCCAGAACUGCCAUGACAGAAAUAAAGCUUAGUUCAAUGUAAUCAACACUUUUGAUCAGACCGACGAGAGGAAGCUGCCACCAUGUUAAGACGCGCCCAGUCUCAUAUGCAGUCUGAAAACUUUUCUCAUACUGUAUGUGAGACUAUAUCAUCCAUAUAAUAAGCAUACCACUUAUUUCCAUAAUAAUUUCACAUGCUCUGCUAAUUUUCUGUAGAAAAUAAGCAAAUAUCUCCACUAUGGCAUGUCCAGGGACCCUUCUGAAACGUGUUGUUCAGCUUUGAAACAAGUUAAAUUAUUCUGAUAAAUUCAAAGAAUUAUUCAUAAUCUCAAGAAUUAUUGACCUCUAUUGUUUUGAGACUCUGCUACAGAUUAGCAACCUUCAUGUGAUAGAUUCACAGUCGAUAUUUGCAGUGCAGGUGUUGUAGCGUUUUCUCUUUGUGCAUUUUGUGGAGUUGAGGUUAUUCAUUGCCCUGGAGAGGGAUCUAUUGAAACUGAACUGAAAAGGCCUUGCUGACCUCCCCUUUAUACAGAGGACAUUGCUUUGUGACGUGAUGCUAUUUUUGCUUGAAAGUGUGUGUCACAAAGAUAUAUAUAUAUACAGUCUAUACAUAUGUAUGCAGUU